UUAUGGAAUCAAGGACAACUGUGGGAUGGGCUUUGCUGGUUGCAGCAUUGACUCGAACAUUACUUUUUAGCUGACAGUGUUAAUCUUGUGCCCAGUUGUCUGCAUCCUGUAGGGAUAGAAACACAUAGAUAAAACGCGCUAAGAAUUUUAAACAAAUACUCAUUGCACAACAGUUUUCUUAGUGAAUCGGACGUACGAGACGUUGAAUGUGGGAAUGUCAUCGCUCGCAAUUUAAGAGAGAGAAGUGCCAAUCAACCACGAUAGUCUUACUAGCAAAAAUCAUUCAGCCUGUUCCUUAGUACUGCAAUCGCUGAUUAGUUUUUUAAGAAAAGACCAACGAGAUUAUUAUUGCAAUGAAUAAAGGAGUCCUUGUCCAAAAUGCGACUAAAACCUAUGGCGUCGGAAGUGGUAAGUGUGCAAUACUCCAAGGGCUCGACAUGAACGUGAUAAAAGGAACCAUAUACGGUUUGCUCGGAGCCAGCGGUUGCGGUAAGACGACCCUGUUGAGUUGCCUCGUCGGACGUCGCCGACUGGAUAGCGGAGAAAUUCUCGUCCCAGGACAUACGCCUGGAUCACCGGAAAGCGGAAUCCCUGGUCCAAGGGUCGGCUACAUGCCGCAAGAACUGGCCUUGUUCGAUUACUUGAGCAUCAAAGAAACGCUCCACUAUUUCGGCCGCAUCUACAAUUUGAAAACGGAUUUCGUCGACUCGCAAUUGGAGUUUCUGUCGAAGUUGUUGGAUCUCCCCCCGAGUCAUCGUUACGUCGGGACGCUGAGUGGUGGCCAACAAAGACGCGUCUCUUUUGCUGUCGCCCUUUUCCACGAACCGGAGCUGCUCAUCUUGGACGAGCCAACGGUUGGCGUUGAUCCUCUACUCAGGCACAACAUCUGGAAUCAUCUUGUCCGCCAGAGUGUCGACCAUGGUAGAACGGUGAUAGUCACCACCCACUACAUCGAAGAAGCUCGACAAGCCAACACGAUUGGAUUGAUGCGCUCGGGUCGGCUGCUCGCGGAAGACUCGCCGGAGAAUCUGCUAAGAGAUUACAACCAAACUUCGCUGGAGAAUGUAUUUCUGGAGCUUUGCAUGAAAAACGACGAAAAUAAACUCACUUCGAUUGUCACAAACGACAUAAGUUGUAACCAGACUGAAUACAAAAAUGAACAGACACAACAAUCGCAGGGAGGCGUUGGCAACAGGGUCUUCGACGAAAGCGCACUGUCAAACGUAACUGAAACGGAUAUCGCCAUCCAACUCCAGAAUCAUAACAAUUGCGACGUUAUAUCACCAACUGAUUCUUUUGUGAACAUAUCACAUUUCAAUCCUGACAUCUGUGUCACGACUGAUAAGUCUGACCGGUCGGGCGGAAGCGAAACGAGCAGCGCACUUCAAUUUACUGGAAGUUCCAACAGUACGACUUCCGGCAAACGUCAAAAUCGGCCCUUCCGGGUGUCCCUGCCAUCCCCGCAUCGCCUCAUCGCGCUCAUUCGAAAGAAUUACUUGCAGACUUUUCGUAACAUUGGGAUCGUCCUAUUCAUCUACUUGAUGCCCCCCUUCCUGUCAACUGUUUUUAAUGCGACUCUCGGACAUGACCCGAUUGGCCUCAAGUUGGCCAUUGUCAACGAUGAACUGGAUCUCAGCCAAGGUCGAAUCUGCACCAGCAACACAACGGACUGCACUUAUUCCAUGCUCAGCUGUCGCUACCUUCGCUACAUCAAAGAUAACAUUAUUCGGGUCCCAUACGACAAUGUAUCAGAAGCUUUGGACGCUGGAAGGAAUGGCCAAGUUUGGGGAGUGAUCCAUUUCGGACAUAAUUUUACGGGGGAGUUUGAGAUUCGACAGGAUGCUGGAGAUUCGGCAACGUUAGAAAACAUUAUCCGCAGUCGAAUAAGCGUCAACAUGGAUUCGUCAAAUCAAAUCAUCUACUCUUCCAUCGAGAAAUGGAUAUUGGAGGCAUUUGAAGAUUUUUACAAGGAUUUUAUGAGAUCGUGCGGACAUGAACCAGAGGCUGGUUUUAUUCCUUUGGAGUUUCUUGAUCCCGUUUACGGCCAAAAUGAUACCCCAUUCACAGAAUUUCUGUCUGCUGGAAUAAUUAUUUCUCUUGUGUACUUCAUGGGAGUUUCAUUAACGGCUGGCGUCUUUAUUACUGAAAAACAACAAGGUCUUCUUGACCGCAACUUGGUGGCAGGUGUGAAGAUGACCGAAGUUCUAAUGAGUCAUUUAGUCAAUCAAUUUACCGCAAUGAUUGGUCAAACUGCGUUGGUUUUCUUGGUUAUGUUAUUGAUCUUUAGCAUUCCGUGCCAGGGGAGUUUGGUUCUAGCUGUAUUCAUUACUUUUCUUCAGGGUUUUGUGGGAAUGAGCUUCGGUUUGCUGAUCGCCACUGUGUGUGAUGAUGAAAUUGGCGCCCUUAUACUUUCGCAGGGAAGUUUUCUUCCAAUGAUAGUAAUCAGCGGAAUUUGGCCAAUCGAAGGAAUGUCGUUUUACUUUCGCUAUUUUGCAUACUGCUCGCCGAUGACGUAUGCCAUUGAAUCUUUAAGGUGUGUUUUCACUCGAGGAUGGGGAAUAGAAGAAACCGACGUCUACGUGGGAAUCUUAAUCAGCAUUGCUUGGAUUUUUUCCUUGUUAAGUUUAUGCUUGAUUGUUUUACAGAAGCGCAAAAAUUCUAGAUAAAAAUGAUAAAAAUUGAAAAUCUGGAUGAAAGCAUUCAAAUUUUGGUAUACUCAGUUUGAACGAAUAAGAAAAAUUGUAUUUCCAUUUAUUUUAUUAGCCAUUUCGGUCUUCUGAUCGACGAUGACGAAAUACUUUCUGUUUCUAAUUUUCUUUAGGUUGCAUAACAUAAGAAUUUUUGUAAAAUUUGAUGAACAAGUUAUUAUUAAUAAACCUACUUCAGUUUUCCAAAGAGAAAGUUCAGUUUUAUUAGACGGUCCGUCACGGCAAUAAAUUUGAUUAUUCCCGAGGACGGGUAAGAAAUCGCAUUCCCGCGCAAAUGAAUCAGCUGAGUCAGCUUCCAGUCAACUGCUGAUCAGCUGAUGGCCUGGUGUGGUCCAAUGCUGAUCGUGAUGAUUCAUUAACGGAUUGACUGAUCCACACGUUGACGUGAUUUGUGACUGAUUGUUGAUUCCAACCGGUGUUUGAAUAAUAAUCACCAAAUAUUCGUCGUAACAUUUGACACCGUUUAUUCUAACGUUAAAAAAAUUCGUGGUGGAUCAUGAUCUGAACAUCUGAUUAUUCUUUGUCUACAAAACCAACAACCCUAUUAGUCAAUAGAUAAAAACAGAAAAGUAGCCGUCAAAUGCAAGAGGUUAUUACCACAUCAAUUCACAGCAAACGGACUUGACAUCAACUUUAUGAACACGGAACCUGAUGUGUUGAGGGUGUCAGUGUUGGGUGUCAAUCAAUUGUUAGAGAUUCUUGUCUGAAGACCCAAGACAGGUUCUUCUAGGCAAUUAUGUUGGAGCCUGUAAUUUGAAAACACGUUGGAAAGAAGAAUCCACUAAAUUGCACACAUCUGUGUCAGCUCUUCCGGUAUCAAAUCUAAUACUCCAACCUUUCUUCGGAAUUUCUCUUCAACAAAGACUGUAAGUGAAUCCAUCAACUGCUUUUAAUUUUUAAAUGUUAUGUGUAAGUUGAGAUAUGAAUAGAAUUUUGCAAGAUUGCUUAUGUUUAACGUAA